AUGCCCUGUUCGUUGUCGACUGAUAGUGUUUGUAAGAAGAACGGGAAGUGCAAGAAACGGUUUACGAAGGAAUUUUCACCAGCAACUCUUGAAGGCGGGGAUUCAUAUCCAAUCUAUCGAAGGCGAGAUGAUGGUAGAGAAGUUACACUCCAUAAUGGGAAAGUGGUGAAUAACAGUUGGGUCGUUCCGUAUAAUCCAUGGCUUUUAAAGAAGUACGACUACCAUAUAAAUGUUGAGGUUUGCUCAAGUGUGAAAUCUGUGAAGUAUUUGUACAAGUAUGUUUGGAAGGGGGUAGAUUGUAUCUGCAUGGAGGUUUCAAGCGAGAAGGGCUUUGAAGAUGAGAUCAAGCAUUUUGUAGAUGCUCGCUGGGUCUGCCCGCAAGAAGCUCUUUGGAGAAUAUACAAGUAUCAGAUGAAUAAGAUUUCUCCACCCGUUGUCUCAUUACAAAUACAUCUCAAGGAUCAACAAAAGAUUUUACUUUCCGAAGGGCGAACUGUGCGAGCUCGCACUGACAAUUACUAUUUGAGACUUUUGCUGAAUAAUGUAAGGGGCCCAACCUCUUUUGAGGACCUGCUAAAGGUAGGUUCUGUUACCUUUUCGACGUACAGAGAAGUGGUGCAGCAUCUUGGUUUGUUAGAAAGUGACACUGCCAUGCGUGAUACACUUCUUGAAGCAACACAACUGCAGAUGCCUUCGUCUUUGAGAAGGCUUUUCUGCACGUUGUUAGCCCUAUGGAACCCAACCGGAGUUCGUGAAUUGUGGGAUGAAUUUCUUCCGCACCUGAUUGAAGAUCACCUCGGUUCCAACACAGGACAAGGUGCUAUUCAUCUUCUGUUGCGGGAACUUACUUUUACUCUUGGUCCAGAUUUAAUGAAGAAAUAUGAAUUCCCAGCCAUCACCGAAGACGUAGGUACUUCAGGAACAAAUGAUUUGGUCAUGGAAGAAAAAUCAAUUCUUAUUCCUCCAGAAGAUUUGUCGGUUAUUGGCAGGCUAAACAAUGACCAGAGGCAUGCAUUUGACAGGGUAGUGAAAUCUGUUUAUCGCCGCGAAAAUUCUAUAUUCUUUAUUGAUGGUCCGGGUGGUUCAGGGAAAACUUUCUUGUACCGGGCGAUACUGGCCUAUCUAAUAACUGAAGGACAUAUUGCAAUUGCAAGGGCGACGUCAGGAAUUGCUGCAACCAUGAUGCCAGCAGAUCUCAUUCGGAAGGCCAGCUUGAUUAUUUGGGACGAAGCAACAAUGGAAAACCGAUAUGCAUUUGAAGCUUUAGAUCGGACUUUAAGAGAUGUAACUAAGGUCGAGCAACCGUUUGGAGGUAAGAUUUUGGUUUUGGGUGGUGAUUUUCGUCAAGUGUUGCCUGUAAUUGAACGUGGCACCCGAGCACAGGCAAUAAGUGCAUGCUUAACCAAUGCAAAAUUCUGGAAGGAUGUAAAGGUAAUUCAUCUCAAAGAAAACAUGCGUUCAAGGUUGGAUCCAGACUUCUCAGAAUUCUGGCUUCGCAUUGGAGAUGGAGUUGAGCCUUAUGUUAUGGAAGACAUAAUGAAACUUCCAGAGGAUAUUGUGUUGGAAUGGGAUGGAGAGCAGGAUGUAGAAGAUUGA